AUGGCGUGCAGCUUCCUUCCAGCUUGCAGACGGAUUGACAUUGCUCGGUUUUUCGUUUUGUUUCGGCCGAGCAGCAACACGGGGAAGGAAUCGGAGUGCCUUGGCUGGGCCGCCAAGGAUUCCUCGGGUGUCUUAGCUCCAUGGAAAUUCCCCAGAAGACCCUUGCGUUCUACCGAUGUAAAAUUCAAGAUCUCCUACUGUGGAAUUUGCCACACAGACUUACACUUGAUCCACAACGAGUGGGGUUCGUCCAAAUACCCCAUGGUUCCUGGGCAUGAAGUUGUGGGAGUGGUCACCGAGGUUGGUCCCGGUGCCAAGAAGUUUAAGGUUGGCGAUCACGUUGGUGUGGGAUGCAUGGUGUUUUCCUGCCUAAAGUGCGACCACUGCAAGCACGGAGACGAGCAGUACUGCGAUCAACUUAUCUGGACGUAUAACAGUCUGGAAGACGGGAAGAUCACUUUCGGAGGCUACUCGGGAUUCAUGGUGACAGACGAGAAAUUUGUGUGCCGUGUUCCAAACAAUCUUCCUUUGGACGCUUCGGCACCCUUGCUGUGUGCUGGGAUCACCGUCUACAGUCCCAUGAAGCACUUUGGCAUGACGCAGCCUGGGAAGAACUUUGGCGUCGUCGGCCUCGGUGGUCUGGGUCAUAUGGCCGUCAAGUUUGGCAAGGCCUUUGGGAUGAAAGUCACAGUUAUCAGCACCUCUCCAAACAAGGAGAAGGAAGCCCGGGAAGUUCUGGGUGCUCAUAACUUCAUUGUCAGCCGGGACGCAGCUCAAAUGACGAAAGCUGCGAAGACAAUGGACUACAUCCUCGAUACGGUGUCUGCGCCGCAUCCCCUGGAUGCCUUGCUCGAGCUUCUAAAGAUCGAUGGAAAGCUCGUCAUGGUGGGAUUACCAGACAAGCCCCUUGAUCUUCCGGCAGGAGUCAUUAUCUUUGGUCGUCGAACGCUUGCCGGUAGCUUCAUCGGAUCAAUCAAAGAGACGCAGGACAUGCUGGAUUUCUGCGGCAAGAACAAUGUCACGUCCAUGAUCGAGCUCGUCCCCAUGGACUACGUCAACAAAGCUAUGGAACGCCUCCGCAAAUCGGAUGUGAAGUAUCGUUUCGUGUUGGACGUGGAAAAGACUUUGAAAUAGAGAGAGAGGGAAAGAAGAAA